AUGGUGAUACACAGUUUCGCUGUUGCAGGUAGUGCCAAGAAAGACGACCAUAGGGGCUAUGUUGAACUUGGUGAGUGUUUUGGUCUCCGAUGCUUCGGAUACUAUGCUGGUGCCAUGCAGCUAUGUGGUGCACACCAUGUUCAUACGUGGUCACCAUUAACACCACCAAUCCACAGCAUGCGGUUACACUCCAGUCUGGUGUGUCUUCCCCUCCUCCUCCUCCUCCUCCUCCUCCUCCCUGCAUUCGCCUCGCAUCGCGCCUCUGCCGUCGUGGUGUCGGAUGGCGAGGCAGCGCGGAAAUUUGGAGAUGACCUGUUUGAGGCGCCCAACCACAUGGAGGGUGGAGAAGUGAUCGAAGCGAUGGGUGACGUGGAGGAGGAAGAGGAGUUAAUCAGAGAAUCCGGUGAAGGCGGUAUGCAGAUGGAUUUCCUUGUGCCGACUGCAUGGCGUCAGUCUAGCCUCAGACGACCUCGGAAAGUCCCCAUUCCCACAUGUCCAAAUGGUGGCAGAGGACCAGGUCCAAUGACUCCUUAG